AUGACUUCAGGUUAUUCAGUGCCUUUCUCGGCUAACAUUGGUUCAGGCGGCGCGAAGGAGCUGAUCAGGCUGGAUCGCGCUCGCGCACAGAAGUUCCUCUCCGGCGUGGGUGCCCAUGGCCCUCUGGCGCGCAAUGCAGGCGGUGGAUCGGGCUCGGGGAGCUUGGUCGAUGUGACAGAUUCGGGUGUUACUUAUACGGCGUCUGUGGGCGUCGGGAGCCCUCCGACGGAUUAUACGCUGUUGAUCGAUACGGGGAGCUCGAACACUUGGGUGGGUGCGAGCAAGAAGUAUACUCCGACCAGCACCAGCAAGAACACAGGUAACGCCAUCAAUGUGUCUUACGGCUCGGGAAAGAUGUCUGGCAAGGAGUACACCGAUACCGUCACUUUGAGCUCAGACCUCGUCAUCCGGAACCAGAGCAUCGGCGUGGCUUCUUCUGCUCAGGGAUUCUCCGACGUUGAUGGUAUCAUUGGCAUUGGGCCCGUCGACCUCACCCAAGGCACCGUGUCAAACACGAGCAAUGUCCCCACUGUGACGGAUAACCUGUUCGCGCAGGGAACGAUUGCCACGGAGUCAAUUGGCAUCUCUUAUGAGCCGUCGACCUCCACCGACGCUGUCAACGGCGAGCUCAACUUUGGUGGGGUGGACGACAGCAAAAUCACUGGGGAUGUCAAUUUUGUGCCCAUCACGUCGACCUCGCCUGCAUCUCACUACUGGGGAGUGGAUCAAGAUGUCACCUACGGCACCGGUAAUACCAUCCUGAACACCACUGCUGGUAUUGUCGACACUGGCACGACCUUGGUGCUACUCGCGACUGACGCCUUCCAGGCCUAUACGAAGGCAACCGGUGCGACCGAGGACAAGACGACCGGCCUCCUCACCAUCACUGAGGAGCAGUACAACAACCUUCAGAGCUUGUUCUUCAAUAUUGGCGGAGUCAGCUACGAGCUGACCCCCAACGCGCAGAUCUGGCCCCGUGCGCUGAACAGCACCCUAGGCGGCAACGAGGGCUCAAUCUACCUGAUCGUCUCCGACCUGGGUACCAACAGCGGGCAGGGCCUCGAUUUCAUCAACGGCUUUGGGUGGCUCCAGAGGUUUUACACCGUAUUUGACACGACUAACGCCCAGGUCGGGUUCGCGACCACCCCGUUCACGGAUGCCGAAACAAACUAAAUUUCGUGUGGAUCUGCGAUGUCGUACUCGGAUUUCAAGGUGAAGCUGUAACUCAAAGUUGAGAGUCAAAGCCGGAGAGCGGUUCAGAAGCGGAGAUCGAAGGACCAUUAAUGUAUAACAAGCUUCUCAAGCUCAGAUGUUACGGUGUAAAGUCGGUCCAUCAUG